GCCAAUAAACCGCUCAUGGAGAAACGCAGACGUGCCAGGAUUAAUCAGAGCCUCGCAGUUCUGAAGGCUCUGAUCUUGGAGGCUGCCAAUCAGAGGAGCGGCUCGGCCGUAGGCGCCAACGGAACGGCCGGCGCCAAACAUGCCAAACUGGAGAAGGCGGAUAUUUUGGAAUUGACGGUCAGACACUUCCAGAGGCACAGGAAUUUGGACAAUCCCGAUAUCGACAAAUACAGAGCCGGCUACAGUGACUGUGCCCGCGAAGUGGCGCGCUAUCUAUCGACCCCCGAGCCUCCGCCCUUGCCGACGUCGCCCUGUCUCUCGGACGCCGCCAGCAAAGCACGCCUGCUCCGACAUCUAGACAACUGCGUCGCCGAAAUCGACCGGGACAUCUGCCCAUCGUCCACAGACCUACACCCCGCCAACCAGCCCAAAAUCCAACCAGUAACGCCCGCCAAAAGGGAACCGCCUCAACCAGACAGCAGCACGUCCGCCAGCAACGUGGUCAGCCCCGUUUCGAACCAGGACGAAAACAAUAACGGCAAUAAUAGAUUGAGGAACCCCACGCCGAAUGUAGAGGAUUUAAUUGAACCCAAUGAGAUACUGAAGCAUGCCUGGGGUGGUCCACAGUUGAGACUACCGGAUGGCCAGUUAGUAGUUUUAUUACCACCGCAUUAUGUCCAGUUAGCAGCAGCGUUAGGUUUGAAUUUGCAACCUCAUACCGGUUCCACAAACGGUGUACCUAUAUUCAUGCCUCCGAUGCCCCAUGGGGCCAUGGAGAUACCGCCUCAAGGUGCUUUAGGACUUAACUCCAUGACAAUGACACAAAGGUGCGACUUUGAGAGGUUGAUAGAGUUGUCCAAGAAGCAUGCAGGUUACGAUGAUGUUGGUAAAUUAGAACACAUGGAUGUAGACAUGGAUAAGUCUUCUAGUCUAGGAAGCGAGAACCAAGUGGUUCCAAACCCAGGAGAGCCGAGCCAACCACCACAACACCAUCAGCAAGACGAGAACAUGUGGAGACCUUGGUAG